UUAAAAGUGAGUGUGCCGGAUUAAAGGCUGUACGUGACUGAAACUAAAAGGCACUUUAAAGAAAGAAAAUAAAAUGAGCUUCUAAAAAUCAUAUGGGAAAUAAUCAUACACUCAAAAUGCUUGACGGAAGCUUAGUACUGCACACACAUCGUAUUUUCAAACAAUAUUGUACUGUAUCCUCAUUGUGAAAAGUUAUUUGGUUAAACAUCCCUACAAACUUCUGAAUAGUAUAUGUUGAUUUUUAAUUUUUUAUUAAAAAAAACACUCCUCUUGUCAUCUGUGAGAAGAAAGUUGAGGUAAAAUAUUUGAGAUUUAGAAACCUAAAGAUGUGAUAUAAUACUCAAGUCUCAUAUAGAUCUGUGAGGAAUUUUGUAUUCACCUUUGCUGAUUAAAAAACAAUUACUAUAUACUGUCUUAAAAUUUCUUUUAAAUUGUUUUCUAUUCUUGAAUAAAUCUUUUAUUACAACCUUUGUGAUUUGAGACUUUUAUCUGAGGGUAUUUUGUGGCUUUAAAUCCACCAAGAACAUAAAUCCACAAAGUCCUGCAUACACACUAUUCGUCUCAUCGCAUGAAAGCAACCGAUUGAGCUCAUCUGCAGAAACUUGUUUCUUUAAAGAUUUUCCGUAGUGCCAACAGCAUUCGGCCUCCUUUUUACCUGCGUGCUGACACAUAGACUGGAUCGAAAAGUGGAUGUAAAUUGAGAUCCCAGAGGAAGCGUGCCAUUGCGGCAAGAUCAAGCUACAAGCAGAAAUGGACAGUAAUGAGUGGGAAUAUCAGAAGUAGGGGAAGACCAAGAGAUUUUGCAAGAAUCUGGCUGGGCAAUGCCAAUUUUUCUGUUGCCCUCCUCACUUCCUUUCACCGAAGCAAAUCAUUAUAGUGUUUACAACAGCCAGGAUUUAUGUAUACGCUAAACAAGCUAUAGCUUAGGGCUCCACUCUCUUGCCCCCCCCCCCAAAUUAUGAGUCUUUGUAAAUUGUGUUUCUAAAGGAACUUUGGUUAUUGCCAAAUGCCAAUGUGUUUGCAUUAUUAAGUUUGUUAUGAAUAAAAACUCAUUUUAAGUUAGAGCUUAAUGAUUAUUUCACUAUUAAUAUACUUCUUAAUUGUAUUUCACUAUUAAUAUACUUCUUAAUCGUAUUUCAGUUCAACAAUUACUCUGAUAAAAUGCAUAUUUUGUUAUUUGCAGAUGGCUUUAGAUACCUGUUAGGUCCAUAAAUUCCCAUAUAGCAUAUAUUCAACACAAAAAACAGCGGCACUUGUUGUUGACAAAGGACAGCUGGACAUAUAAAGGGCCCCAUUGUGACUGAAGGGUCAGUUCUAAUUUUUUACCUGUGCAUUUCAGUCCCAGUACUUAGGACAGAGAGCAAAACUUAGAUCUCUAAUCUUAAGGAACUUUCCCUCAUUGUGGAGGGAGAAGAGAGACCUCCUUUGUGACUGCCAGCCCUGGCUGGUAAAAAGUGCCCCCCUUAUUGUUCUUCUCAUCCCAGAGUCACCUUUAAAGGUCCUGACUACAAAAACCUGGAUCUAUUUGCAAUUUUGCAGGAUCACCCCUCAUGCUCACAGAACUGCCCACAGUACACUAGGGAAGAUUAAGUGAUUACUUCUUCAUUCAUCCAAAAACUAUACUGUAAUGUCUACCCUGGUCUCUGCAGCUAUCCUUCUGAAAGUUGGCAGGGUUCACGCUCUCUGGAGGGGUGACCUUGCUCCAAUUCUGGCCAAAGAUAAGAAAGUUGAAGGCGGAUUGAGAGAGAGAAGUUACUGCCAGGAACUUUACAAUAAACUGCUCAAGCAUUUCUGGCUGUUCCCCGUUAUUGUUUACUUAAAAAAUGGCUGCUGUUAUAUACCCAAAUUGUCAGUUCUUCUAUCCAGGAUUCCUCAUGGAUUUAGAUUCCUGUCACCAAUCAUAAUCAGAGCUGCUUUAUAGUAGCUAUAUAGUAAAACUCUUUUUUCAUACAGAGCAGCUGAGUUUUCUUCGACUUGUAGGAAUACAAUGACGAGUUCUGAAAAGCAGAAAGGGAUUCAAAAUUGGGGAAAUACUUCAGAGGGCUGUGACACCUGGUCACAGCAAUACUUACUAUUCCAGGCCAGCGUCGUGGGUUAAAAUUAGAACUCGUCAGGCGUUGCAUUUCACUCUUCCAUAGUUGGUACAAAGGUUGUAAAUGGCUUUAGCAAAGCAUUCAGGGUUUGCAGCCGAUUUCUGUUGUCCCACAGGAAUCGGGGAGUCAUGGAAAACCAGCCAAUAAUUGAGGUUUUCCUCUUUUGUGUGUGACGCCCCUGUAUGUGACAGUGAUGCAGAAAAAUGAAACCAGACACUGAACCGGGAGGUGGAAGGGCCAUGACUGAAACGUCAGUUUGUGUCGGCACGUUUACAGCUGUUAAGGCACUUUGGGAAGUCAGGAUCCAGAAAAUCAGCGAAGAGCUUCAAAAGCAAAAGGCAUUCAGUCAGAGGUCUGCAGAGAGGCUGACGCUUGUUUGGGAAGAGAGAGUCAGUUUGGCCAAGCUCAAAGAAAAAGUUAUCACAGAAGACGGAAGGGCUGUUUUAAAGAUUGAACAGGAAGAAUGGAAGACUCUGCCUUCUUGCUUACUGAAACUGAACCACCUCCAGGAAUGGCAACUACACAGAACUGGUCUGGUUAAAAUCCCUCAAUUCAUCGGUCGCUUUCAGAGUCUCAUUGUUCUAGAUCUGUCUCGAAAUUCCAUUGCAGAAAUUCCUAGGGAAAUCGGCCAGUUGUCAAAUCUCCAAGAGCUGAUCCUCAGUUACAAUAAAAUUAAAUCUGUUCCUAAAGAGCUAAGCAACUGUGUCAGCUUAGAAAGACUGGAGCUGGCAGUGAACAGAGACAUCUGUGACCUUCCCCAUCAGCUCAGCAACAUGAAGAAGCUUUAUCACCUAGAUCUGAGUAUGAAUCAGUUCACCACCUUCCCAUCAGUCAUCCUGGAUAUGCCAAACCUGGAAUGGUUAGACUUGGGGAGCAACAAAAUUACAGAAAUCCCUGGGGAUCUGGACAGAGCUGAAAACCUACAUACUUUGUGGCUCCAAAGGAAUGAAAUAACUCAUUUACCCGAAUCCAUUUGUAACCUGAAAAAUCUGAGCACACUUGUCCUUACCAGCAACAAGCUCCAAGAUAUUCCUGCCUGCCUAAAGGACAUGACGGAGCUGAGAUUUGUCAACUUCAGAGACAAUCCACUGAAGCUGGAGGUAACACUACCCCCUUGUGAGAAUCCUGAAGAAGAAGAAGAACAGGAACUGUAUGGCAUUCAGUUCAUGCACGCAUACAUUCAGGAGUCGCUCAGCAGAAAAGAAAACAUGGAAAGUGGUAUGCUAGCUGGUGCUGCUGUCAAUGAAAAGUAAAAAAAAAUCUUUGCCAGUCUGAGUUUUCACUGCUGCUGGAAGUUCA